UCUGCCGCUCCCCUCUCCGCUGCCCCGGGUCUGGAGCCUGCCGUUGGGAAGCCGGCGACAGAGAUCGGACAGUCAACCGAACCUGAUUUCCUGCUCCUCCUCUUAGGAGCCUUGUGUGGGUUCCGCAUCUUCUUGUUGGUGCCCAGGAAGGCGGCGCUGUGAAGGGCGGGGAGGAUGCCCACCCCGAGGUGGAGGCGCGGCGCCCAGCUGCUGUUCCCGGGCAUCGUGCUGCUCACGGCCGCGGUCAUCUUCCUGCUGUUCUACGCGCUCCUCUGGAAGGCCGGCAACCUCGUCGACCUGCCCGACCUCCGGAUCGGCUUCUACAACUUCUGCCUCUGGAACGAGGGCACGGGCGCCCUGCAGUGCCACCAGUUCCCCGAGCUGGAAGCCCUGGGGGUGCCCCGAGUGGGCCUGGCCCUGGCCAGGCUGGGCGUGUACGGGGCCCUGGUCCUCACCCUCUUCGUGCCGCUGCCCCUCCUCCUGGCCUGGUGCAACCGUCAUGAGGGAGAGUGGCAGCUGGCCGUGGGCUUCCUGGCCACGGCCUCCGCGCUGCUGGCCAGCGGCCUGGGCCUCUUCCUCACCUACACGUGGAAGUGGCUCAGGCUCUCCCUCCUGGGGCCCGGCUUUCUAGCUCUGGGCGCUGCCCAGGCCUUACUCAUCCUCGCACUUAUGGCCACGGCUGUGUUCCCUCAGAGAGCAACGGACAAGAGCUUGGCAGCUGCCAGUCCCGUCUAAAGGCUGACGUGGUCCUAAGCGUUCGGUUUGAACCAUGCUCAGAGAAGGUGCCAGAGCAUUUCACGGGCUGGUCCAUCUUCUCAGCCAUCCUGUUUCAUAGCUACUGCUGAUCUCGAGCUCGGGCAGACAGGACCCACCGCGGAGCGGGUGGGGGCCCCCCAUGUUAAGGGGGACAAGAGGCAGCGCGGGCGGCCAGGGCUCCUUCGCUUCAUAGUGUAGGGCUGUCUGUCCCUCGGGCCUUCCAGGUUUCCUAGGAACACCCGAAAACCACGCAGCUCAUUGUCACAAGAAUUCCUGCUUUAAUUAACUGACCUGUGCGAGCCAUUCUUCCUUCAUCCUCAGAACAAUGGGGGAAGAAGGCUUCCUGUCAUGGGGCCAGGUUUCCAGGAUGAGCUGCCAAAAGCCAGACUGGAAGCCAGUGAGGAUUUAUGAAGGAAGACCUCAGUGUCCCUGGGGGCCCUGGUUAGCAAGCCCCCCAUCUCCAUCCAAACUGGGUAGGAUGCAGGGAGCCCCUGGCCUCCGACACCCGCCUCAGGAAUGAUCUGAGUGAUCCACCCAAGACAAAACCCAUGGGCAGAAAGAGCAGGCUUGGUGGCUUCAGAGGUUCCCCUGACAAGUGUGCCAGACCUGAAACCCGACAGAGCAGGGGGUCAGUUGGCAGACGGCGCCCAGCACGCAGCCGGGGCGUUCAGGAGCCGAACACACCAGAUCCCUGGUCCGCAGAGGAAGGUGAAUGAACAGGACUGAACGGUUCCACAUCCACGUAAACGCUGCACCCCUUCACCUCUCACCCCGGAACCGGAAAGGACACAAACACAACUCACGCCACUGGGGGAUUCUGUGUAUUUUUAGCACCCAUGUAUUGAAAACCUAGACAGCAAGUGGUCGCCUCAUUCUAUGCCUGUCAAAAGCUGCACUGAAUACAGAGGCCAAAACAC